AUGCUUAUUUCUUCCAGGAUCCUGUCCAUCCGCAUUGGCGACUGGCCCGUCUAUGCCUUCUUCCUUGCCUUCAGCCAGGUCAUCUCCAUCAAUUCAUACCAGAUCGUCCUCCUCACGGGCGAAACCAACCAAACGCCCCUCAAGCUCUACAUUGUUGCGGCGACUUACCUCGUCACAUCCGCCCUCUGGUGGAUCAUGGUCCGCUUCACCAAGUCCGUAUACGCUCUGUCGCUCCCUUGGGCCUUCUUCGGAUUGGCCUUCCUCCUGCUUGGUCUUUCCCCCUACAUGUCGCCCUGGCAGAGCCGUGCUGCAAUGCAAGACGCCGCCACUGCUCUCUAUGCAGCCGGCGCCAGCGCCGGAGCUCUGUCCUUUGCGCUCAACUUUGGUGACGAGGGCGGUGCCCCGACGAAGCAAUGGAUCACUCGCGCUCUUGCUGUUUCCGGUGUUGCUCAGGUGUACUCUCUGAUGCUCUGGUACUGGGGAUCUCUCAGCCACACCGCGGAGACUUCUCCCAUGGCUUUCAUCAACGGUACCAGUAUUCCCAAGGCUUUGGUGGUCUGCGUCCCCGUCGCCAUCAUCCUUUGGUCCAUUGGUCUGAUCCUCUUCUUCGGUCUCCCCGACUACUACCGCCAGGCACCGGACAACAUUCCCGGCUUCUACAUCUCCCUUGUCCGCCGCAAGCUUGUCCCAGUCUUUUUCAUCAUGAUCAUUAUCCAGAACUACUGGCUGUCGGCUCCUUACGGCCGUAACUGGCAGUUCCUCUUCGCCUCGCAGUUCAUCCCCGGAUGGGGCGUCGUCCUCCUUGCCCUCGGCUUCUUCGUCGUUCUCUGGGCCAUCAUCCUCUACGUCUUCUCCUUCUUCUCCGAGAGCCACACCUGGCUCCUGCCAAUUUUCGCCAUCGGUCUGUGCGCUCCUCGUUGGGCGCAGAUGCUCUGGGGUACCAGCAGCAUGGGCAUGUAUCUCCCCUGGGCCGGUGGCCCCGUUGGUUCGGCCAUCCUAUCCCGCUGCCUCUGGCUCUGGCUCGGCCUCUUGGACAACAUCCAGGGUGUCGGCCUGGGUAUGAUGCUGCUCGCGACCCUGACACGCCAGCACGUGUUGGCCGUCCUCAUUGGUGCACAGAUUGUGGGCAGUGCCUUCACGAUGCUCGCACGCGCGACGAGCCCUAACGCCCUGUCGCCCAACACGACCUUCCCCGAUUUCUCCCAGGGACUGAUGCCCGGCGUUUCAAGUUACUGGUUCUGGAUCUGCCUGGGCUUCCAGCUGGUGAUCCCCAUCUUGUUCUUCAAGUUCUUCAGAAAGGAGCAGGUGUCGAAGCCAUAA